CCCGAAAAACUGACCUGAAGGAGUGGAGGAAGUAGAGUGAAGGGUUGGGGAGAACAUGGCUCUGCCCCUUGGCAAACAGCUAAGGGUCUGCCACCCUCUCUGCAGUCAUGAACUGGGGAGGAUUGCUUGUCUCCAUAGCUGCUAAAACCCUUGUGUCUUUAAAAAACAGAUGCCACAGCCACAUUUUGCCCUUGCUUGUUGGUGUUUCCUCCAGGAGCAGCUGAAGUCCUGACUGCUGACCUGCAGCCAGAAGAGCUGGUGUAGUGAAGGUUCGUCUUAGCUAUAGGCAGCACAGCUCCUGUCCCAGAGGCUCUCUGCCCACCAGUACCACCCAAAUCUACAAUUUCACACACACACAAAUUCUUCCCUCAGUUACACCCAGCAGAGUAAUUUACUAAUGGGAGAGUGAGCCGAGGUCCAGUCUGCUUCGUAGUUAUCCACAGAAGCAGGAAUCAUGGCAAUUCCAGGGCAGAAGCUUGAAGAUCCUGGGGUGAGUUGGCCAGGCUAGCAGCUAAAAGCCUUUCAGUCUCAGAGGGGAUUCUUUGGCACCUUGGUUCAAAGCAUUUAAAAAAAAAAAUCUGGACUGAACUUAUAUACAUAAGUUGUCAUGUAUGUCUAGGGAGACUCCCACCACACUUAUUCCCUCUUCUGCUGCAAAUCAUAGGCUUCGCUGUACUCGGAUGCCAUGGCAAUCUGUAAGUCAGCUGUAGCAUUGUUUCUCCGUUGUCCUCUCCAUCAAGAGACGAGACCAAUCAGUAUCCACAGCAGUAGUUAUCAAGGAGCUAAUUUUCAGCCCAGGUGAAUAGCUCUAGAAAUGCUCUUUUUAGUCUUGGCCCAAUCCUAUGGAGUAUGUGUCAGUGGAAUAUGGGAGAUCACAACCAUGAAGAAAAUAUGUGGAAUCAUUCCCAACCACGAGUUUUGAAAUCUGAAGAUGAGUCUUACUAUAAAAUGAUUGGACUCUUUUCAAAACUGGAACUAGAAACUUGGGAGUUUCUAGUCCAGGAGGCCUGGGUUUAUGAUGGUACAUGGCAGGAAGCUCGAACUGGCCACCUGAGCCCUACAGAGGUGCCUUCAUCACCCAUCGAGGCACCAGAGAAGCAAGGUCUCUGCUAAUCUGCCUUAUGGCACCAGCUGUUCCAGGCUUGAACACGGGAGUCAGUUCAACCCUCAAACCAUGACCAAAAGAUUGCUGAGUGUAGGAACAUAGAAGAUAGAAUUUCUUAUAACACAUCAUUAGAAACUCUUCCAGUCUAGUACCCUGCCACAGAACAACCUGGGAUCUUAAACUUCGAGAAAGGCAAAGAACAAACUGAAACAACCACAAAGGAAAACCCACAAAUUACCACCACCACCUUGUCCACAAGACAUGCAUUGCUGUGGGCUGAAGGUAUCAUAACUGUCAAUCUCAGUGGCACUUGCUUUGAUGUCACAGAAGAGGCACGGUGCUCAUCUCUAGCUCUCUCAGGACUCUGGAUACCCUGGAACUGUGGUAACAAGCUUCUCCUAGCAGGACAUAAUCCUUCUUCUUGUGUAUAAUUAUGCAUCAUAAUCUCUGGCACUGGAGGCAAAAGAUACAAAUUCACAAAUGGCUUUAAAUCAUCUAACAACAAAUUGUUGCUGUAAGAAGCAGUCCUGCCCCCCACCCAAGCAAAUUGCUAGCUGUUCUCUAACAUGCAGUUGUGCUUAAGUUGGACCACCUGACCCAAAAGUAACUUCUACCUUCACUUGGCAUCUAGAACUCUGAGCUGAUCUGGUUCAUUUUGAAAUCAGUCAUGCCAACACACAGAAGUGAGUUGGAGGAAGCCACUCAAAGAGGACAAAACCAUCUCUCACUGGCAGCAUUGUCUGGAAAUUCAUGCGAUGCAGAGGAGCAUUGAUAAACUUCCUCAGUUGCAUUUAGGCUACUUGGAGGUGUUCCAGAGAAGGUUCCCAUCAGCAGUUGCUAAAGCUUCCAUUCACCAGCAAAGUCUGGUGUGCUAAAGCAGCCAAGCCCUAGAGGACCCCGGUGCUGCCCACAGCAGGCUCUGCUGGGGCUUGUGGAGCAUCUCCUCCCCACCUUCUUGCCCCUCUGGCUGUCUGGGUAACAGAUGCCCAAAGCAGCUUCUAGAGAGAUCCAGCAUUUUCUUCUGCCGCAGAGGUGCAUGGAUGGGCUAGAUUUGCAGAAGGACCCUGCAGCAGCAGUCCAGAAAUGGCCAAACAAGUUGGAGGGUCUUUAACAAACCCCAUGGUGUCAUGUGCCCCUGCUCCAAAGUGAUUUUCCAUUUCCAUUUCUAGAGUCUUUUGGCAUGUGCUGAAUGAAUCAAAUCCAGGAUUGUCACAAUUUUAAAACCUAGCAGAAAUAACACUUAAAGUGACUUGCUCUUGUUCUUGUUUACAACUAAGCCCAAGAAACUGUGAAAACGUGUAUUCUUCAAAUAAAGCAGGGUUUGGGGGUUUUAGGUUUUUAUUUUAAACUUAAUGGAUUUUUCUACAAGAAAAAAGGGGUAUUCAUGGAAAUUUCAGGGUAAAAUGAUACAAACUUGAAAUAAGUAUUGCCAGAUUUUACAGAUUCAAAAAGCUCGUCUUGCUGUUUUGCUAAUGUGUUUUUUUUUUUUUAUAUUUACCACAAUGUCUUCUCUCAAAUUCUGAUUUUUCUUUUGUAGGCUUUUGCUGAUUUUGGUGCAAACAUGGAGAUAGCUCACAGCACAGCCCCACAAACAGCUCUGAGCAUUGGGGGGCACAGUGAGGACCUCAGCCUGCCACUGCCACCAUGUGGGAUGCAGGAGACAAACUUGAAUACCAAGAUUUUGCUUGACCAAGAUGGUCAAAAGCUUCCACACCACUCAAAUUCAGACUAAUCCUCACCAAUUAGCCUCCUCAAGGCACAUAUUUCUGGAGCAAACAAUUACAGUCUUGCCCCACUUCGAUACUGCAGCCAUGCCAAUCUCAGCAGGAGGCUGAGGGAUUGGCAUCAGAGGCAGAAGUUAAAAGAAGAGGGCUAGACCCAGAUCUUCUAGCUCAGUCCCAGGCUGGGAAGCAGCUGAGCUCAUUGCUGAGAGCAUCGCAGAGCUCUCCAUGGGCUAUGGAGGGCAAUCACAGGGUAGUCGUGGAAUGGUUAAACAUAGUCAAAGAGAAACAACAGGAGCUUUGGGUGCAGAAAUCUAGGCAGUGCUGACAGCUAUAGGCAGGCUCUGAAUUGUUCUUUCCAAUGUUCCCAGCUUGCUAGAAACCUGCGGGGCAGUUUGGGCUUCCAUGGGUAUUUGAGUGAGCAUCCCAGCCAUGCUAGUCAGCCUGCUUGUAUCUCCAUCAUUUGCCAUAGUAAAUCAGAGACUUCCAUGCUAUGCCCUUGGUCUACCUGCCUGUACUGUGGGGAUGGGCUCCUCUAAGUCUCUCCUCUCUGGCCAUGAGAGCACCAAUAACCUUCCCUUCAAUGCACAUCGUGACCAAGAAGGCAACAAUAAAUUUCCUGUAAGUGGCUGAGAGAGGGGUAACAAGGAAAGAUAGGAUAUUCACACAUGUCAUUACACCUGCUUGCACGGAAAAAGAAAGCCUGGCACCUCCCUCUGGCAGUCAGGUUCUGGCUCCAUUUUCCACCCGGCCAUUGCUCCUUGCUCAGGCUCCAUGGGCUUCCCUGCUGAGCCCCGCUGCAUGCUGGCUUCCCUCCCAGAGCCCCCCAGGCACUGCUGUGCUGAGGUCCCCACUCACCCCUGCACCUCCUCACCUCCAGAUAGCAUCUCCCCGCUGCAGCUGCCUCCUUCCGUGUGGUAGCUCACAGAGAUCCCUGGGAGCAGCAAGCACAGUCCCCAUGCUGCUCCCUGCCACUUUCAAUUCUCCAAAGUACUUUUUUCAGAGAGACAAUCUCCCUCCAUAUCACACACUCACUUUCUCCUCUCUUCAUCCCCAAGUCGUUUUAUGACCCUUUCAUACUCCUUGGCUGCAUGAAUGGCAGUCUUCCUGGGUCAACUGCCAAGUCUUCUUCUGUGCCUUUAUGGCACUGCCCCAGGGGAAUCUGGCCUCGCUUGGGAUUUCUGUGCUGCCUUGUUGCACAGAAGAAUGCCAGCAAAGCUGCAAGCCUGCCACUGCAGAGGAAGGGGAACACCAGCACUGAAAGGCAUGUUCACACAAGGACCACUGUUUUUCUCGAGGUAUCACACCCAGUUCAGAAGAUGCUCUGUUGGCUCUUGUGGCUCAGGGAUGGGAUCCUGUCUGCAAAGACUGUCCUUUCCCUUGCUGCAGAGGUGGGAGUCAGGAUGCGUUAGGGCAAGAGCAGCUUUCCAGGGGUCCCUGGGACUGCAGCACUGACCAGCCACUCUCUGUAAGCAAGCUUUUGGUGGCUCCAUCCCCAAAGUCAACUUUGCCUGUCCUGCAGGCUGGAAGAUACCUGUAAAAAAACCCAAAAGUGACCAAAAGGCACACGCAUACACAGCCAUUUAUUCCAUUGUAGUUUCACUUGUUCUCAGCUCAGCCCAGUCAGGUCCCCAGGGGACAUGUGGUGGGAGGCCAGAAAACACAGAGACAGCCACUUCCCUUUCCGCAGUCUCAGUGCCAGGGUGACUUGUGACAAAAGACGGGAAAAUACGUGACUGUUGGAGGACAGAGAGCAAGAGCACAUGUGUGUAAGUGGAGGGGUCCCAGCAGGAUCCCCCCAGGGACCUGUGCUGGGACCUGGGCAGCUUAACACAUGGUGACUUGGAGGAGUCAGACCUGGAAGAGACCUGGAGGAGCUACUCAAAGCAUUUUGACCAGCACAGUCAAGUAUAAAACAGCUUCUUUUCGAAGAACAACAGAGUACCUGAGAUGCUCCAGCCUGGGAAAGAGAUAGCUGAGCUCUGAAGCCACCAGUGAUCUGGGGAGGAGGAAAGGGCUGGUUUCAUGUCUCCCAGCACCAGAACAGUUGCACCCCAAACAGCACUAGCCUGCGACAGCUUCAAAACAAACAAAAAUUACUUCUCCACCAAACAUGUAAUUGGGGCCUCAGUGCCACAGGAUAUUGCACGUGCUGACAGUUUACAGGGGAUCAAAAGAAGACUGCAUAAAACACAGAUUGAUCCACUAAAGUUUAUUAAAUGGGUAAAAACUUUCUCUUAUGUAGGAAGUUCUCGUGCCACAAAAGAAGGAAGAAUCUUAAUGGAUAAGGGGCAUGCAACAGUCAGAGCAGCCCCACAAUCUGGGGAUGGAGGGACAGUCCGUGGCACCAUCAGGAUUUUAAACUCAUCAUUGCUGACGGGUCGCAGCUUGGGGUCAGGGUGAGGCAAAGGCUCUCCCAAGAUGGGCACAUCCCUGGAAAGGCAACCCAUCUCCACAUGGACUUUGUGAGUGAAGAUCAGGACCCUGCAUAAUCUGGAGACAGAGGGGGCAAUUACCAAAUCAUUUGGCUGGGACACCUCCCUGGCUCCCCUGACUGUCACAUCUUUUGCCCUACAGUGAAACGGCUUUGCUGAAUGAGUGAGAGACGUAUUUGGGAGCUUGCUUGCUUCUACAGGAUUUUACCCAGCACAGGAAUGGCUCCUCACUGCAUCAGAGAGAGUAAUCCAGUUCACACAGCCCAGUGCAACACAGAAUAUUGCAGAGCACUUUAUUUUUGCUAGGGGGAGCAGUAAAACAAGCCCUGACAGUGUGCAGGACCUCUGAGGGUACACUGGUGGUGCAAUUGCAGCACUAAAAAAACCCACCAGUUGCAGCACUUUUUAGCCAAGGGACCAAAGCCAUUUUUAACACCAGCCUGGCAUCCAAACCCUGUCCCCACAGGCAUCCCCGAGCUGUCACCAAGCAGCUUGCUUUUCAGCUGAAGCCACCAGCUCUACCAGCUUUUGCAGGGCAACAGCACAUGAUGCAAAAAAAAAUGUAAAAAAAAAAAAAAAAAAGAGCAAGCGCUGCUGCAAUGCCCAUCUUGCAGCAGGAGCAGGCGCUGUUACACCUGCUGCCUGCCUGCUUGCCAGGAGCAGUCCUUUACCCAGGAAAUACCAAGGAAAGGACCAUGUUCCUGACCUGAUUUUUCACUGGGGACAUGCCACAUGCAUCCAGCACCUGCUCCUAACCACCUUCAGCCUUGCACAAGGCCAGUGGCCAGGCCCAGCUUCCUGGGUUAAUCCACCAUAUACCUAAGGCACCUCAUACACAGCAGCCAGUGCAUCUCCAGAGGUGAGGGAGACUCCAAGCAAAUUUACAGCAUCUGGCUACCUGCAAGGGACAUCACCUCUUUUUCCAGGUUAUUACAAAUUCUCAGGCAUUUUACCGAGCCCCUUCCCUGUCUAAACCAAGUCCUGGCUACAGCUGUCCACUCCACCCAUGGCCAGUGGGAUGUCAGGAAGGGCUGAUCCCUUCCCCAACCCCAACCAGUACACCAAGGCCCUGGUUCGGCCAGCCUAACCAUAAGCCAGAAACCAGCCAAUGUUGUGUUAUGGGCCAACUCAGCUCUUCUAGAUGCUCCAAAGAGUGGAAGUUGUCAUGCUCUACAUGAAGGAGAACCUUGAAUGUACAGAAGUCAACUAUGGCAAUUGUGGAAGCCCUAUUGAAUACCGCUGGGUCAAGAUCAGAGGGGUCUUUUCCAAGGGGGAUCUUACAGUAGGCAUCUGCUACCAGCCUCCAAACAAAGACGAUAAGGCCAACAAAGUGAUAUUUGGGUCGCUUAAGCAAGCUUUGGGUCAACAGAACCUGGUUCUUAUGGGUGAUUUCAACUACCCAGGAAUUUGUUGGAAAAAGGAUAUGGUUCCUGGAAUGCACAGAGGACUUCUUCCUCAUACAAAUGUUCGACGUGCCAACCAGGAAUGAGGCACUGCUGGACUUGCUACUCACAAACCAAGAAAACCUGCUUUGUAAUAUCUUGGUUAGUGAUAGCCUUGGCUGUAGUGAUCACAAUAUUGUGGAGUUUGGGAUCCUGCCAAACAGGCUGAAGGUUAGUACUAAGAUGUUUUAGAUUUUAGAAGAGCGAACUUCAGCUCGCUCAGAGCUCGGCUGGGAGGGGUUCCAUAGGAAGCUUUCAUGGAGGAUAAAGGAGCUAGCAAGUGCUGGGAUUUUUUCAAGAACAGUUUCCUGGAAGGACAAAAACAGUUCACCCCCUUUAAAGGUAAGGGAAGUAGGCAGAGCAAAAGACCUCUUUGGCUUAACUGCAAGCUUCUGGGUCUGCUCAAAACCAGAAGAGAAGCAUAGCAGAGAUGGAAGACCAGACUAAUACCUGUUACCAACAAUGCUGAAAAGGCAGAGUUUCUCAACACUUUUUUCACAUCUGUCUUUACCAGCAUUGUUGGGCCCCAGGCCUUGGGAACAAAAAUCCAGGUUGAUGCAGACACAGAUCCACCAUCAGUGAAGGAAGAGUUGGUAUGUGAAUUAUUACAGGAGCUUGACCCCUGCAAAUUGAUGGGCCCUGGCUAUAUCCGCCCAAGGGUGUUAAGAGAGCUGGCUGACAUCAUUGCAAGGCUGCUCUACAUAAUCUUUGAGAAGUUGUGGGGAUCGGGGACAUCCCAGGAGACUGGAACAAGGCUAUUGUCACCCCCAUCUUCAAGAAGGGCUUAAAGGAGGACACAGGAAAUUAUAGGCCCAUCAGUCUUACUUCAGUCCCUAGGAAAGUUAUGGAACGAAUCCUCCUGGGGGCUAUCACAAGUCAAAUGAGGCACAUGAUUCAGAAAAGCCAGCAUGAAUUCACCAAGGCCAAAUCACGCUUGACAAACCUGAUUGCCUUCUAUGACAAAGUAACCUGCUUGGUUGAUGUGGGGAGAGCAGUGGACAUUGUCUACCUGGAUUUCUCCAAGGCUUUCAGUAUGGUUUCCCACAGACUCCCUCUAGAGAAACUGCUGUGUUAUGGUCUAAACAAGUGGUCUGUGCAGUGGGUGGGGAACUGGCUGAUGGGCCGCACCCAGAGGGUGGUGGUAAACAGCUCCUUUUCAAAUCAGCAACCUGUCACAAACGGGGUCCCCCAGGGACCGAUAUUGGGCCCAAUGCUGUUUAAUGUCUUCAUAACUGAUCUGAAUGAUGGGACCAAGUGUCUGAUGAAGUCUGCCAAUGAUACCAAACUGAGAGGGGAAGUGGACACUUCAGAAGGGAAAGCCACCCUACAGGAAGACCUGGAUAGGCUGGAAGAGUGGGCUACCAGGAACGUCAACAAAGACGACUGUAAGGUUUUGUACCUGGGGGUCCUGGUGGACAACAAGCUCAAUAUGAGUGAACAUUGUGCUGCUACAACAAGCAGGCCAACAGGAUGCUGGGUUGCGUCAACAAGGGCAUCACCAGCAGAGACAAAGAAGUCAUUAUCCUACUCUACUCAGUGGUUGUCAGGCCACACCUGGAGUACUGUGUCCAGUUUUGGUCCCCACUAUAGCAAAAAGAUGUGGACAGGUGGGAGAGGGUCCAGAGAAGGUCCACAAAGAUGAUCAAGGGACCGGGAAGCCUGCCAUAUGAGGAAAGGCUGGGAGAACUGGGUUUGUUCAGCACUGAGAAAAGAAGGCUUAGGGGAGACCUUAUCACCAUGUUCCAGUAUUUAAAGGGUGGCUACAAAGAAGAUGGAGAAGAUGGAAAAGAUGAGAAGGUAAUGGGUACAAGUUACUCCUGUGGAAAUUCCAGUUGCACACAAGAGGAAAAUUUUUCAUAGUGAAAACAAUCAGCCAUUGAAAUAAUCUCCCCGGGGAAGGGGUGGAUUCCCCAACUUUGGACACUUCUAAGACUCAGCUGGACAGGAUGCUGGGCCAUCUUGUCUAGAUCAUGCUUUUGCCAAGAAAGGACCAGAUGAUCCUUGAGGCCCCUUCCAACCUGCUAUUCUAUGAUUCAUAUGAUUCUGAUUCCCUGCCUUUGCAAGCACCUUUGCUGGUUCAGCAGACAGCUUAGUUCUUGCAGCCUUUGGACAGUGAUUAAACCAUGGGUGGUUUGGACAGUCAGUUUGGACCACAAGCUCCUACAUCUCUGCCCAGGUGUAUACAAAUAGAGCAGCUGCUCAGAGGGAUGUCAUAGGGUCUUUUGGGUGCCCAGAAAGGUGAGGCAGAGCAAGCUGCAGAGCCUGAGAACAGGCACCCAGGGAACACCCAGCCACGGAGCUGCCCUGGCCCUAGCCCAUCUCCACUUACAGCAGCACAGCAGCAAUGUGGAAACCAGCAAGCAGGUGGGAGGUUAGUGCUAACUAGUUUGGUGCUGAUGAGUCAGUUAUUCAGCAGGUGACCGUGGACAUCUCCAGUAACAUAAUGAGGUGGGUUUGCUGUGAUUUUUCUGCAUCAGGAGCACCACACAGAUGCAUUGGUGAAACACCGCCCAAGAUGGAUUGUGCCCAAGGUGUGGGGAAGGUGAGGAUGCACCACACGUCCAUCUGUGCCACACAUGGCGGUUUUCAUGACUUGGCUCAGACCCUCUAUGACCUGACCAAUACGUUGGGACUUUCCAAGGGUGUAAGCUCAUGGAUGUUGAAAACUGCCACAUACCCAGCCCUUACCAGUGCCUGGAUUUCCUGCAGGCUGCAAGACCUCAUGGGUGCUCUGCGUGGGAAGGGUCUGGUGCUUUCUGCAAGCUGCCUGCAGCCGCGAUAGCUCCUUUCACUUUCAUUUUUCUCAGUGCUCAGAGCUGUGCAGCUCCACCUGUACCACCAGAAGCCUGUAGAGUGCAGGGGCUCUGAACCUCUAUCUGCAGCAGCAGCCUCGAAAAAGAGCUGUGGGUGCACAGGCUCGAUCACAGAGCCCGUUAACUGCGGUCCAGGAAACCCAGGCAGCGUCCAGUCUUGCAGCUGGUAAUUGCUCCGAUGUCUCAGGAAUUGUGGCAGCCGAGCCCCACCACCACCUCACUCAUCCCCAAGGCACGGGGAAGGCGAGCACAGUGUGCCAUGUAUGUGCUCCUGGCUCUGUGCGCUGCAGUGCUGUACCUUGCCGGGGAGCCCCUUGUGUCCACCGCCCGCAGCCUUACCCACCACUUUGUGACUGUGCAGAUUGGGGUGCUGCUCAAGGGCACCUGCUACCUGGCUGAGGAGAUAUUCCACCUCCAAUCCAGGCACCACAGCAGCUUCUGGAGGGCCCUGAGUGCCUGCUUCCCCCUGCGCUGGCAUGGGCCUAUGCUGCUCAUCUGUGGCUCAGCCUACGUGGCUCUUCUCGAUGGCGAUGGGCAGCCACUCAGCCUCCACCUCGGCCUGGCCUGCCUGUGCCACCUCCUCAUCCUCGCUCUCGGGCUCAGUAAGCCCUCAGCAGUGGAAAUGUCUGAGAUGUCUGAGAGCUCCAAGCAAAACGUUGCACAUGGGCUUGCCUGGUCUUAUUACAUUGGGUACCUAAAAAUAGUCCUACCACGUGUGAAAAAGUCAAUGGAGGAAUUCAGCAGAGCCAACCCCAACGUGCUGGCAUACAGGGAGACCUGGAAGCUCCACAUCUUGGUCCCUCUGAGCUGUGACAUCUAUGAUGACCUGGAGAAAGCUGACAGCAAUAUCCAGUAUGUGACAGACCUCACUGAAACCACCCUGACCCGAGCUGGCACCAAAAAAAGGGUCUACAAACACAGCCUCUAUGCAAUCAGGGAUGAAGACAACAAGCUCUGGCACUGUGCAGUGGAGUAUGCCACACCACUGCAGUCCCUCUACGCCAUGUCCCAGGAUGAGUGUGCUGCCUUCAGCAGGGAGGACCGCCUGGAGCAAGCCAAGCUUUUCUACAGGACACUGGAGGAGAUCCUGAAAGGCUCCAAGGAGUGCGCGGGUACCUUCCGGCUCAUUGCGUAUGAGAAGACAGGCGAAGCAGAGACCCACUUCUUGUCCAGAUACAUCCUCUGGCACCUCCGGCAGCAGCACCUUGAGGAGUAUGCCCUCUACGAGAGGAACCAGGUGCACAACCCAUCCAUGUCCCUCAGCUCAACAGAGCUCAACCUCCAGAUAAGUGAGUCAGACCUGCCACUGCCGCUGCGAAGUGACUGCUUCUAAAACACCAGUGCUGCCCAGCCCCACACCACUGCCUCGGGGCUCUGGUCCCCCUUCGUCAAGCCCCUUCCUCUUGCAGCAAGUGCCACCCAUGGCAGCGAUCCCCAGCCUCCUGCAGGAGCUGCCCACCAAAACCUCCUGUGCAUCAUCUUACAUGAUGGGAACAGCUGACUCAAACCACAGUCCUGUGACAUAAUUCCCAUUUUCUUUGUUAUGUAUAUCUCAUGUAUUAAUCUGUGGGUGGGGUUUUUUUAAUCUGCUUUGAUUAAUAUCAUAUAAAGCAUUUUCCUCUGGA